AUGGAAGUAGCUAAGAUUGCGGUGCGUAUUCCAACGUUCAUACUGGAUACUGCUAAGGUUGCCGUAUCGGUUGCUCAGGUUAUUGUGGACAAAUCUCGGGUCUUUCUUGAUAUUGGCGAGGUUGCCAUUAGUUUUGCACAGCUCGGUUUGGAAGGGGCAAAGUGGGUUCUAGAAGGGGCUAAAUAUGCUUUGAAAGCGGUUCCUUUUAAACUAUACCGUUUCUUGCAACCUCGUAAUGUCACUGAUAUUGAGCGACCCCAGGUAGCCAGCGUCCAGGUCAUCACCACCAGCGUUCAGGUCAUCACCGCUAGCGCACAGUUCAUAUCUACCUGCGCUCAGGUCACUACCGCCAGCGUUCAGGUCAUCACCGCUAGCGCUCAGGUCGUCACCGUCAACGUUCAGGUCAUCAUCGUCAGCGUUCAGGUCAUCACAUCCAACGUUCAUGUAAUCAACGCCAGAGCACAGGUCACCACCGUCAGCGUUCAGGUCAUCAUCGCCAGCGCCCAGGUCAUCACCGUUAGCGUUAAGGUCAUCGCCGCCAGUGUUCAGGUCAUCACCGUCAGCGUUAAGGCAUCAAAGAACAUCGUGACGACGUAUGCACCUAAUACAGAAGGUCCCGCGAAAGAUUCACUGCCUCUAGCCGCGAUAGGUGGAGGGGCUGGUGUAUCCCAUGAUUCAAAUGGCAAAUCGGUAACCGUCGCAACCCAGAACAGUACAACUGCGCCUAAGGAUAAAAGAGACACAGGUUCGAAAACCGACAUUGAUAUUGCGAUGAACGAGGAAAAUCUCGAAAUCGAUGCAGAUGAGGCAUUGGCCCGAAUCCGUGCAAUUAAGUUUGAAGAACAAGGCGGGGUGUACUACAAUAGUGCGAAUGAAAUACAAACGGGGAAGAUCCGAGUCAGCGAACUUCAAAAGUUUGUCGCAAACAAGGACACGGACAUCUUUGAAGAAGAAUUUGAAAAAUUACCGUACGGUCUAAUUAAAAAGUAUGACGAAUCACAGCGCACAGUGAACAUGUCCAUGAACAGAUACAAAGGCAUUUAUCCUUAUAAUGACAGCAGGGUCAAAGUUCUUGGGGGCCAUACAGACUAUAUAAACGCAAGCUUUAUUGACGGCUACAAGAGAAGGAAUGCAUUCAUUGCAACAUUAGGACCCAUGUCAAAGCAGCUUGACGAUUUUGCACCGUUUUGGAGAAUGAUAUGGCAACAGAAAGUUGAUAACAUCGUCAUGGUUACAAACCUCGUAGAGGAGGGGAAAGACAAAUGCGAGCAGUACUGGCCGAAUGUGGAAUCAAGUACUCUGUACGGGGAUAUCAGAGUUUCAUGUACCACUGAAGACAAGCAUGCAGAGUUCAUACGAAGAACGUUUGUGAUAAAUUUGAAGAAAGAACAACGCAAUGUGUACCAUCUCCAUUUCACUGCCUGGCCAGACAAGUGGAUUCCAGAAGAUGUGACCUCUAUAGUAGAGUUCAGACAAAAAGUGUUAAAUGUACCGGUUGUUCUUGGUGGACCAACUGUCGUACACUGCAGUGCAGGAAUAGGGCGCACGGGCACUUACAUUGCUCUAGAUAUCCUUAUAAGAGAAGGGGAGAACGAGAAUAUGGUGGACAUACCAGGCUGCGUUGUAAACAUGAGACAGAACAGACCCAACAUGGUCCAGACAGUGGAACAGUACGAGUAUAUUCAUCACGCGCUUAUCCAUGCUCUCACAUUCGACUGCAAACCAGUGGCCAGGGAUGAAUUCCAAAAAUACAUGGACGGCAUUACGGAUGAGACGAUGGCCAGGAAAUUUACGCAAUUGCAGACAACGGUAUCUCAACGGCCCAGCGAAGAAAAGGAAGCCGAGACUAGAAAUAGAAACCACACAGACAAGAACAGAGAUGGAGCGGAUAUUCCAGGUGACGACAACCGACCUAGGUUGCACUUGAACCUUAAGCCAGGUGCCUCUGACUACAUAAACGCCGUCUAUAUCAAUAGUUACAGGAAAGCUAAGCACUGGAUUCUUGCCCAGACACCACUUCCAGGCACUGUGACCGACUUCCUCACACUGGCCUUGCAGGAGAACUGCUCAUGUAUUGUCAGCAUGGAACCUGACAAAGAAGGAGACAAGACGGUGGGAGUUUACAUCGCCGCCGACAACCAAGUGAUGAAGAAAGGACUGUUUGCUGUCAGUGGUUCAGAUCCAGUAGAUAACGACUACAUGACCACACGCUCAAUGACGAUAUCGUACAGGGCUGCACCUGGGCAGCCAAGCAAGGAGCACAUGAUCCAACACCUUCAGUUCACUGACUGGGACAUGGACAGAAACGUACCACGUUCACCUUCAAACUUCUUGCGCUUCAUCAAGGACGUCGAGGCGCAGGAUAGCCUGCAUGCCAGUGGUCCUGUUUUGAUACACUGCUUGAAUGGUGCAGACAAGGGUGGACUAUUGUCUGUCGUCGCAAUGCUAAUUGAGAUGAUGGAAGUAGAACGUGAGGUCAGCGUGGUAAACGCCAUCACAAAGGUCAAGACCAGGCGGAGAGGAGUGGUUUCAAAUCAGGAGCAGUUUGCUUUUUGCCACGAAUGCAUUUUGGAGUACAUUUCCAGUUUCGACACAUAUUCAAACUAUGUGAACAAUUUACGAAUCUAGGAACAUAGAUCCGAUUUGCAUAAGCAGGGGAUAUUUUCCAUUAAUAGUCAACAACAAAACAAAGUAAUGUGGGUCAUUAUGCAAAUAUACGUCUACAUAUUUUUUAUUUUAUUCAGGUAUCAUUUCAUUGUGUCGUUUUAUUACCACAUCUUUGAAGAAUAUGAUUUCAUGGGUCAAAUUUUUAGUGUCAAUACUAUUUACCAAAACAUUGAUGAAAAUAACGUAAUGAACAAUUUAGAUAAAACAUAAGAAUUUGUAACUGUGAUGUACAUGUUCACAAAUCAAUGUGUCAGUUUCGUAUUAUAAGAUCCUACUGGCAAAGUAAACAGCGUGAAUAAAACUAUUUUCUUCAUGGUAAUUAUAUUCAUCGUAUUUUUCAUUAGGUCGUACACCAACAUAUUAAGUAUAAUUUGAAUGCUAUUUGAAGCUUUAUUUGAAAAUAACAAAACAACCCUUGCACAUAUGUUUGCUUAUUAUAUGAGAUAAAAAUAACAAUAACAAAUUGUCAUAAAGU